AUGGCUGACGCUGUAAAUACCGAUGACACUGCCGCCGAAACGGCCUCCUUGAACCACAGUGAAAGCAGCAGUCUUAAGAGGUCCAGCCCCCACGAUGCAGAGGAGCAGACGGAUGACAAAGACGAGUGGCAGACCGUCACAAGACCGAAGAAGAAGGCGAAGAAGGUGCCUCGCCCCGGCAAGGGAGGAUACCCAGCUCUGACGUUCUCGCCCAAGGCUCGUCUACAGUCCAUGCUUAAUCUUAGCAAUCUGCGCGAUCUCGUUACCUACAUCUUUGCAGACGGUACUGGUCCCCAAUGGAUUGGAGUCACUCAUCGACCGCAGUUCAGGAAGAUUGUCGCCAUCAUGAUACCAGGUUUGGAGGAGGCGCUUUUCAAGGAUGGUGUCAACUACGCGACAUUCAACCGCCUUAGAGAUGCGGAUGUGGAUGUGGCCGGAGAUGGAGAUGCAAACGCCUAUGUUGCUACUUCUCCUGAUGAUUAUUACCCACGAACCCUCGACAAGGAUACGCUGCCGGAGCCUCUGAAGCCAUUUGCGGACAUGUUCCCCCAUCUCUGGCCUGUCAAGACGCCUGGUGAUGACAAGCACGGCAAGAUGCACUCUCCAAUGGCUGCUUUCCUCACUGCACCAGCCCCAAAGGAGAAGACGUCACAGAAAGGUGGUGUGAAGCCUGCUAAAGAGCCAAGUGGAUGGAAGAAUGAGCGGACAUGCAUCACAGAGUUUCUAGCCACCACUGAAGAACUGCAAGACAAUGGCUUCGUCAUCCACCCAGCUCUUCUCCCGGAAGGAGAGCAACGAAACAAUUUCGUUGCCCCAGAAGGAUACGUUGUCACAAAGGUCGACAAACUUGAGGACGGCGAUGUCCCCGAGGCAGAAAUUCAACAAGGCAGCAUCACCGCCGGCAGGGAUAUCCUGGCGCUGGAUUGUGAGAUGUGCAUGACGGGCGAGAGCGAGUUCUCUUUGACCCGCAUCAGUCUCGUCAACUGGGAUGGCGACGUUGUGCUGGAUGAGCUUGUCAAACCUGACAAGCCUAUUACCGACUACGUUACGCGGUUUUCUGGCAUCACAGAGGAGAUGCUGGCGCCCGUCACAACUACCCUUCGAGACAUACAGGAGAAAUUGCUUGAGAUCUUGCAUCCACGCACCAUUCUCCUGGGCCACUCGUUGGAAUCAGACACAAAAGCCCUCCGAAUUGCUCAUCCUUUCAUUGUCGAUACUUCUAUCAUAUACCCCCACCCGCGCGGCCCUCCAUUAAAGUCCUCGCUCAAGUGGCUCGCCCAGAAAUACCUUUCUCGAGAAAUUCAAAAGGGCGAUGUCCUGGGGCAUAACAGCAUUGAAGACGCCAAGACCUGCCUUGAUCUUGCCAAACAGAAAUGUGAAAAGGGCAAGCUAUGGGGCGCUUCCGAUGCCCAAGGAGAGAAUCUCUUCCGCAGGCUGGCACGUGCUGGUACAGCUUAUAAAGCUCAGGGCGGUGACGCCGCCAUUGGUGGCAUCGAAGUUGGCAAAACGAGCGCCGCUGUUGAUUGGGGUGAUCCAAGCAAAGGUCUCGGAGCGGGAGCCACAUAUCAGCUCGGUUGCAAGUCCGACGAAGAAGUAACGACAAGCAUUAUCCGAGCUGUCCUCGGUGAUGAAGACGGAGCGGUGAUCAGGGGUGGCGGAGUAGACUUUGUUUGGGGCCGGAUGCGAGAGCUAGAAUCUCUGCAAGGGUGGUGGAAUAAGAAUCGCGUUGAUAACUCCAACAGCGAUGGCGGACCCCCUGCAGCAGAUGCAGAUGUCGAAAUGGACACCGACACUGUUACCAUCGGCACCGCGACCGGAUCUAGCACAUCCUCUCCUCUAGAGCAUGCUCUCACCCAGCUUACCGAACGCCUUGUCCGUAUCCACGCUGCCCUCCCACCCUGCACAGGCUUCAUCAUCUACAGCGGCUCCGGCGACCCGCGGAAGAUGGCCCAGCUGCAGCAGAUGCAUGCCAAGUGGCGCAAAGAGUACAACACGCCUGGCAAGAAAUGGGAUGAGCUGAGCGUCAAGUGGACUGAUGUGGAAGAACAAGCAUUGAAGCGGGCUGUUCGGAAGGCCAGAACGGGACUUGGUUUUAAUAUUCUGAAUCUCGUUGAAUAG